CCUCCCGUCUCCCACUCUCCUCUCCCUCCAUAUGUGCGAGGAAGAUGGUUGCGAGCGGCGUGGGCCUGUUUUAAUGUCGCACAUCCUGCCUUGAUCCCUCCGGGAGGAAGAGGAGGAGAAGAAUCCCUCCAUUCGGAUCCUGUGGUGGGAGGAAGAGACCUGGAAUCAGCCAAAGCAGAGAGGUGAAGCUCCCUUCAUCCAUCUCUUCAUUCACCAGGUUGACAUCAGGUUUUCAGCAUGCAGCAUCACUCGUCUGAGGUGGCCCGUCUGUAUCAGACCGAGUUCAUCCGGAGCGCUCGGGCGGUGGGUGUGCUGUGGGCCGUCUGCACGCUCUGCUUCGCCGUGAUCGAGGUGGUCAUUCUCAUCCAGCCGUCGUGGGUGGGCACACGUGAGCUGCACUUCCGGGAAGGGGGUCCGGCUCCUCCGACCGGGACGCUGGGCCUCUUUGAGGUCUGUAUGGAGACGGACUGGCCCGUCCCAGAAUGCCGGGGGUCUCUCCACACCCUGACCCCGCUCCCUGCCUUCCAGUCUCCCGCUGUGCUGGUCUGCAUGUCUCUGACCAUGGUGUGGGCCAGCGUGGGCUGCCUGUGUCUCUUCAGAUUCUGCAAUGCAGCAACCGUCUAUAAGAUCUGUGCUUGGCUGCAGCUCACAGCAGGCUUCUGUUUGGCUCUGGCGUGUGUGUUGUUUCCAGACUCCUGGGCUUGUGCUGAGAUGCGGGCGUUGUGUGGGGAGCGUGUGAGUAGUUUCUCCCCGGGAAACUGCUCUGUGCACUGGGCGUACAUACUGGCCAUGCUGGGGGUGCUGGACGCUGCUAUACUGGCCACGCUGGCUUUUGUUUUGGGGAAUCGCCAAGAUGCCCUGCUGCCAGAAGAUGCAAAGGAUGGUGACGUGACUGGCUUGUUACUGGCAGCAUAAACCAGGACUGAGCUGUUCUCAGCAGUCAGAAACUGCUGAUAAGACAGUAGUCUGGUUUCUCUGGGGAUUGUUCUUCUCUCCUGUAAGUCAGGUCACAGUUCUUUCUCCUCCUCUCAGCUGACCGUUUCAUCACGUCGUUUGUGCACUUCUCUUUCGACACAUAAUGAUGACAUAAAACGUGUGAAGAGAUGCUUCUCUCUUCCCCCUCAGCAUGAUGUCAUCAUCCUGUGAAUUCUGCUUACAUAACCUGUCUGCAUAGAAACAGUCACCUGGCAACAGUAUCCGAGUCCUCUCUGCCCUGGCGGAGGAGCAUUACUGUGAUCUUGUAAUGGCGGCUCUAAAUAGAAAAGAGGAAAGGCCAUUUUCUUUAGUGCAUUUCCAACUGUCUCCAUGACCUGCUGCGAUUCACAAACGGAUCGCAUCAGUUUGGUUUCCAGUUAAAUAAUGUUUUAAGAUGUGACGUUUUAUACUGUGUUCUGGACGUUUUGUGCAUGAAUUUAAGACGAGGACUGGAGUAGUUAUAUAUGCAGCAUUAUAAUACUGUGAAUCUGUUUAGUUAGUUUUGUUGUUUCCUUUGUCAGUAAGGUCUAAAAUUUGUAUUUGCUGAUUCGAUCGCCUUUAGGCUAAAAGUAGCAAAUGCAAUGCAUGCAAUCAGUAUUUGCCUUUUUUUUUUGUCCAAGAGUUUAUUUCUUCAGCAAAACAGAUUUGGAGAAAUUUGGUAUUGCAUUACUUGCUCACAAACACACCGCUUUUAACUCCACAAGAUGUUAACUGAUGGAGUGUUGUGGAUUAUUGUGACGCUUUAAUCAGCUGUUUGGACUCUCAUUCUGACGGCACCCAUUCACUGCAGAGCAUCCAUUGUUCAGCUAGUACCGUAAAGCUACAUUUCUCCAAAUCUGCUUUUUUUUUUUUUUUUUGCAUGCCACUGUUGCAUUUGUCUUUAGCCAAAUAUAACGAAUCCCUGUCUUAGUUGUUAUUCUGUUUAUAUGCAAUGUUAAAAUGUCAUUUCUUCGAACCGUCGCAUUAAAUGUUGAAUGUGAUGUAACUUUUAAUCCACUUCCACUGCAAAAGCAAUGCAAAGUUCUAAACAAAAUAUCGGUGUUCACAUACACUUUAUUAGCACUUACAGUGAUUUUUGUUGUUUGACAAAACUUGCAGUGCAGAGAUAUGUAUUUUUGUACAAGAUUUUAUGACUGCACAAAUAUCGAAAAGCAUUUAUAUAUACUAGGAGCCACGAUUUCCUUCACAAAUUCAUAAUAGUCAGAUUACAAACCCAGAGGGCAAGAAGUUGGGACAGUGAUUAGUAUCAGACAGAAUGUUUCCAAGCCAAGUCAAGGGACAAAAAACACUUCAUCAAGCUCGAAUAGGAUGCAUAUGACAUUAAGAAGAUGGUACACCACUUUAGAUAGCCAUUCAGAGAAAGAGAGGACAGGAAACUCACUUACAGCAGGUUUGACAUUUAGACAGGCUCUUUUUGAGUCUAAACUCCUGUAGCGCUGCCUCUUGCCGUAUAAAGCAGCUGAUCUGAUGUGUUGUGCUGUUUAAACCUGUACCGGAUAUCUUAUGCAAUAAAUAGAUUCCAAUCGUU